GUUCUCGCUCGUAUGCUCGGCAGAGCCGUCGUCAUUGGGCGUCGGGACGUCGCGACGACGCUCUUUUCCUCUCUCUUUCUCUCUCGUAUAUUACUAACACGCACGAACACGCGAAAACUCUUACUUUUUCUCUCUCUCUCUCUCCAUUUCUCUCUCACUCUCUCUCUCAUUUAUGCUCACCUAACCCAAGGAUAUCGCGCGCGCACUCGUUGAACGUUUCCGCGCGCGGAUGAUAAUCGCGCCGUUCCGUGUCUGUUAGUUUGCGAGUAGCGUUCGCCGGUGCACGCGCGCGCGGGGCCCAACGCACCACUAGUGCGUCUUUUCGGUUAUACGGGAGUUUUAUCGAAAUCGUGUGUCAUCGAGUAGAGUUAUCUAUUAACAGAAUAUAUAUAUAUUUAUUGAUAUACAUAUAUGUAUAUUCAUAGAUAAUUUACUUGCUAGAUUUUCGUUUAUCACAUUGUCGAUUACGGGUAGUGUACACAAAACAUUAUUUUAUUCGUAAUAACGAAUAAACGUGAUAUAUUAUAUUCUUCGGUAUUUCGGCGUCGGGUGCGUCAAAAUCAGUGCGGCAAAGUUCGCGCGGGCUUUAAUCGUGAGCGCGCGCGCGCGCGCGCGCACACGCGAUCAUUCGUUAUUAUUAUUUUCGGCUCUAUUGCAGAGAUCUGCACGCGAGGUGGGAGGAAACGUUCUGUUCCGUUUUUCCUUUUUUUCUUUUUUCUUCGCGGUGGUGUAUAAUAAUAAUAUUACUAAUACAUAUUGAAAAAUAAUUGAUAAAUAUCGAUCGUUCGGUUAUGAUCGUACGAUAUUUGUAAGCAUCGGUGCCGGUGAAUCACCCGAUGGGAGGGAAAAGAAAUCUUAUUCUCGAGUUAGUUACGAAGAAUGUCGGUACUCGCCUAGAUUGUCCUUUGGACAUCGACGAUAUAUCGUGACAAGUGGAGGAGAACCUAUUGCAGGAUGGGACGGACGACUUUGCGAGGAUCGAGCGACGAAGGACAGAUUGUUUUUGUCGCCGUCGUCGUCGCCGCCGCCGUCGCCGCCGUCGUAGACGUCCUUCUCGAGAGGAGACUUUCGAAAUUCGAAGAAAGGAUCGUAACCACAAAAUUAUUCGGGAGAGGUUGAAAAUAAUCGAGAAAAGUAUACGGAUGAAGCUCGAUAAAGAAAUUGGUAGGAAAGGGGAAGGAGAAGGAGGUGGUGCUGGUGCUGGAAGAAGAGAAGGUUGUGAAGAAGGAGGAGGCAAGGAUUACCUUCCAAGAGGAAGGACGAGAGGACGAGUCAUGUCACAUGUCGUUCCUAUGCACCUUCCACGUUUCGCGCCAAUUGGCAAAUUACUCGUCGUUGCGAUUCUCGUGCUAUUUUCUUGUGCUACUCGUUUCGCUCGUGCCAGCGAAUUCCCCGAAAGAGAAUGCUGCGUCUUCCCGAUACCCGAACCUACAGGAAGAUCCACAGCCGCACCUAUACCGACCGGCAGAAGUGGAUCCGAUAUCAAAAAGGGUGUUGCUAUAUUAAAUUGCCUCUACGCUCGUCAACUCUGUUUCGAGGAUCCAUCCUGUAGUGCUAUUCUUGAAAUAAUUCCACGUGUCUGCGGUCCAGAAUUAGUGGCUUGUUCAACGGUGACGGUGACAAAGUGUCGUUCAGCACUUCAUAGUCUGCAAGCUUUCUCGUUCUUUCGACCCACGUGUCUUUGUAAGGAACGGCACGUCGAUCCAGAUUGCAAUAGUUUCCAAAAUUUCCUCUUCGAUCAUCCCUGCAUCGAUGUACAGAAAAAAGAUAAGGAGCAGUAUCCAAUAGAACCAUUACCAACAUGUACCCACGCCAUGAACGAGUGUCAACGAGCGAAGCUGUGUAAUCAGAUCUUGGAGAACUUCAAAAACAGCUGUAAAGCACGAGAGGGCAAGUGCAGAAUGGAGAGUCGAGACGCUUGUCAUGACUCCUGGACGCAACUUCGAUUAUCAGCGGUCUUUGGUUGUAUAUGUCCAAACAAUCACGUAAAGAAACGAUGCGACAGGGUCUUCUCAUUGGUCAAUCAUAAUCCAUGCGUCGAAUAUCUGCCCUCCUCCGCCUCGGUAGACCUAUCGGGCACGGAUUCAGCCCUCUAUCCAUUCGACCCGCAGCAGGAGAGCUACCAGGAGAUCUGGUUACCGCCGACCAGUAUGUAUCCCUAUUUUCUGUUCCCCGGGACCGCGCGCACUUCGUACCACGACUAUGAAAUACCGUACGAAGGCCAGGAACAGGAACAUCGCCGUCAGCACGGCCAUCGUCAUCAGCCCGGUCGCCACCAAGAGGAACCGGAAAAGAUUGGCAAGCCAAGCGUGUUCGUCGUCGACGCGAACGAUCCAAGGAGGAAAGAUUUAAACAAAGCUGAUCCUCGUUACGAGGAUCGUUUAAUCGUGACCGACGACGAACACUUUGCUGGCCAGUUAAACCUUCCAGGUUCAAAGUUUGGCGACCGGAGGCAGAAGGGUGCCAAGGGAGACGUGAUCUUUCAAGAUUUCGAUGGCUCCUCCUCAUUCUCCAAUAUCCAUUCCAUAUCUUCUUAUCCUUCAUCCUCAUCCUCUUCUUCUUCUUCUUCUUCUUCUUCAUCUUCUUCUUCUUCUUCUUCUUCUUCUUCUUCUUCUUCUUCUUCUUCUGACGCAUUUUCCAAGCAUGAUCGUGCCUCCAACACAGUGCACCUGCAGCCAAGGCACCCCCACCAAAGCGAGCAUGACGCGCACCUGCACCAUCACCAUCAUCACCAGCACCAACAGCACCACCACAACCACAAUCAGCACCACUACUACCACCAUCACCCUGCACCUGCACCGUCCCCGUCGUCUUCGUCUUCUUCCUCGUCGUCGUCGUCGUCGUCGUCGUCGUCGUCGUCGUCGUCGUCAGGAUCCUCGUCCUCGUCAUCGUUGUCGUCGUCGAACGCGCACCCACCGCGACCGACGCCUACCGUUGACGAAACUAAACGAAUCGAGACACCUCAAGUCGCGCCACCAAAGAAAUUCGCACCGAGGCCAACCUACGAGCAUCGGGCGAUCGUCGAUCGCGUCGACGACGACCUCGAUGACAUCGAGUUCAGGAUCGGCGCUCUGCCAGUCGAUCGGUUCUUCGAUCUCCGUGAGGCUUUCGAAGGCUUCGUCGAUCAAGUGAAGGUCAUCUCUCAUCCGGAUAACUCAACGAGCUUUGAAGUAAUCGAGUCUCAAGUGGAGAAUCCAUUGAUUGAUGCCGAUCAUCAAGAUCUUCUCGCGAUGAAGCAAAUACCAGUGCCUGGAGAUCAUCAUCAUCGAACUCAUCGGAAAAAGAAUCAGACCAUGGAGGAGAACGAUCAAGCUUUGCCAUCUGCCAAAUCGGAAAUUGACAAAAUUCAGCAACCACCCAAGUUGAUACUACCAAGCACGUGUCAUCACGCAUACACAUCGUGCAAGAACGACCCGGAGUGCAAGGAAUUAUUACAGCCGGUCCUGAAAUAUUGUGGUUUGACGAGCUGCACGAGAAACGAAUGUAUGACAGCCCUACAACACUUCUAUAAAACGGCUAAUCACAAGCACUCCAUCGAAAUAGCUUUCUGUUUGUGCCGAAAAACUGAUGGCAGAAAAGACGAGUGCAUAAUUGCUCAAGAAAAAAUGCAUCCAGCAUGUGCGCAACGUGUUGAAGGUGUUGAUAUGCCAACAUGUCACAGUUUAGCAGAAAUUUGCAAGAAAAAUGAAGUCUGUCGCUCAAGAUUGGAGCGUUACGAACAGAGUUGUGCGGUAGACAGCGUAACGAAAAAAUGUGCUGGACCACCAUCAGAUUGUAGAAAAGCGAUGCUUGGUAUACUUGGUACUGAACUUCGUUCGAAUUGCGCUUGCAAAGGCACCGACUUUACGCAACUCUAUGACUGCCUUGGUUGGCAGAGACUCCUUUGGGUUAACCCGUGUGUAGUUGAAUCUCAAAAGGACUACCACGUACGUCGAAAACACCAUCACUAUCCAAGAACAACGCCGAUUGGUACUAUACCUUCGACAACGACAACGAUGACAACAUUGUCGUCGACUACGAGAACACAUAUAAGCAUGACGGCGACUACGACGGUCACCGCGGUCGAGCGAGUUGAAGAUAAUCAACUACCGGAAGUAACGAGGUGGCCGACCACCGAACCCACGGAAACUUUAGAAAUCACGACUAACACUGUUAGCACGACACCGAGCACGACUACAACGACUACCACACCGCCUCGUUUUUGUGUUGUUCAAAGACCGAGACAGAGUCAUCAGUAUAUACGAGAGGGUAAAGGGAAAAGGCUUUAUCGCGAAGACGAGCCAGAAUGUUCAGAGCUCUGCCAAUGUGGCGAAGGUGAAGUUCUUAUCUGCAAUACGAUCUGCGUCGAUUCGUCUCCUUGCAAAACGGACUUCGCAUACUAUAACCAUGAGGCCCCAGCUUAUCAAGCCCAUCGUGGUCCAUGCCUUUGCUAUAGCGGUGGUUUCAUAUGUAUGCGUCCAUCACCUGGAGCGUAUAGUAUACCGCACGGAGUUUUUAUGUUCUUGGGAUAUAGCGAGAAGGAUGAAACCUUGCUAAGGCCACACAAUAAUCUUACGGUUCUAGAUGCCGUGUCGUCUCUCGACAAUUUUAUGAGAGAGGAAGUCAAUAAUCAGACUGUAUGCACGCUCUUCCUCUACAAUAUGACUCGAGAGAACGUGAUUGCAGUAGCACGUCUUGGUACGGACAAUCCACCCUUAAAUAGCAGUCAAGCUCAAAGCUUGCAACACCUCUUGCGAGUUAAGGAGGAAUGCGCUUCCAUGCUGGAGGAUUUGAGCAGUAAGAUCAAUAAUAAGCAUCACGAAGUUCACACGCAUCCCUUACUCUCAAUAUUCAAGAUGGCCGAGGUUGCGGUUAAAUUACCCUAUAGCAACGGUGGUAGAAGCGUGUCAAGGUCAUCGAGUUUAAUCCUCAUACUCGUGGUUCUAGCGUGCAACAUUCUCACGUCUAUUUCGACGUAUCUCGUCAACGAUUCGUGACACGGAUAAAGUUACUUAUCCGAAACGAGUAGGGGAAGAAGAACCUCGAGCUUUCGAGUGUUUAAAAUAUCAACGACGAUCUAGGGACAUGAAAAAGUGUCGAAAAGAAUUAUGAGAUAUAAGGAAAGAAUGAAAAAUAAUGUACACUCAUAUGUACGUUCGUACACGGGUGUGUGUUUGUAUGUGUGCGUGUAUGUGUGUGUUUAUGCAAAAAAAAGUUUAAUUUGUCUUUUCCUAAAAAGAUACAAAAUCGCUAUUUGUCUGACUAUCCAAACUUGUUCCUACAAUCGAGAAUCGAAAUGAUACUAUAUAGAAAGCCAAGCAAAGGAACUUUCCAUGUAGUAGAUUAUGGACAAACAAAUAUCGUAUACGUGGUGGUAUUACAGCAAGAUCGUAAUAAGAAAAAUGUCUUAGCGAAGUAUACCUACGUGAUGUAAAAAGGAAUACGACAAAAAAGAGAUGGGGAAAAAGUUUAUUUUCUUUCUUUACGUUUCUCCUCGACGUCUAUUUUUGUUCCCGUUGGAUCUCUCAAAGAUAUUGAUCGAAAAGAAAAUAGAAUAGCAAAAUCGACUUAUAGAUACAUUGUCACAAAAUCGAACAUACAGAAACAGCUGGAGUUACCUUUUCGGCCUCGAUACGAAACGUGCUUUUUUUUAUAUAUAUAUAUAUAUAUAUAUAAUAUAUUUUACGUUCAAUAAAAAGUAUUAUCCACGUAUAUAUAUAAAAAAUGAGCAUAAAUCCAAAUAUAAUACCAUAGUUCGUUUGCUGCUGGACCGGCGACGAUAUUUCAAUCUCUUCCAAAUGAUCUUGGUUAAAUAUAACAUCAUAUGUGGCGAUAUUCGUAUUGGCCAAAUAAAAUAAUACUACAACAUGAUAAUAGAAUUCAAGCUCUGCUUUAUGAAUGAAAAUUUCGAUAAAUCCUUUAUCGUAAUCAUAAACGAUUUUGUGUUAUUAUCGGAAAUAAAAUCAAGCACGAUUCUCAAUUGCCUGGAAUGACUUCGCGUGUAUAAAUUGAAUGAAUUAAAAAGAGAAAGAAAAAGAAAAAAAAAGAGAGAGAGAGAGAGAGAGAGAGAAAGAAAUGGAGAGUCUGUAAAUGACUAGCACUAAUAUUAUUAAUAUGUAUAAUGAAUUAAUCGGAAAUCUCCUACCAUACUGGACCAUUAGGUGUGUUUGUUAAAGUUGAUACCUGAAAGAAAAAUGACGCGUUUUUUCAGGCCAAUCGUAUGAGAUUCCGAAUAAUUUAGAUCGAAUUAUAGAUUGUUAAUAUAGAUAUUAAAUAAAGAUGUAAAAAAUAGAAGUAGAAAAGCUACGACGUAAAUACAAAGAGAAGUUAUUGGGAUUGUAAUACGAAUGGUAAUUUUAAAACCAUCGUUUUAAGUACCGAAUAAUCAUUAUUCUCAAAAUGGUGGAUCCAACUUUCCUAAGCUGCUGUAUCCAAUGUGUGACACUAAUAAAUAAUGCGAGAAUUUGCUAUAUCCAACGAUUAAAAAAAGCAAAAAGAUUGAUGAAAUCACGAUGUAGGAAGAAAAAGAAAAAGAAUCCACUUAUAUAUAA